CUCAAACUUGUCCAGCCACGUUGUCAAAGCGCAAACCUUGUCCUGGUUUAUUCCCCGAAGUCUUUCAAAUCGUCCACGCUAUGGCGCCGUCUUCAUAGGAUUGUCCUGUUGCGCCCCCGACGCCUGACAAAGCCCUUCCUCUGGCCCUGUGAGGGCAGCGCCCGUCAACAUGCUCCUCCUCCGUCUCAUCUCCCGUCUCCUCCCUCUGUUCGCUCUCAUCACAUGUUCACUUGCGGCCGAAGACUUCUACAAAAUCCUUGGGUUGGACAGAUCUUGCUCAGACCGUGAUCUGAAGACAGCUUAUCGGAAACUUUCCAAGAAGUAUCAUCCAGACAAGACCACAGGAGACGAGAAGAAGUUCCUAGAAGUCACCGAAGCAUAUGAAGCCCUGUCUGACCCCACGACUCGCAAGAUAUACGAUCAGUAUGGUCAUGAAGGGCUAGAGAAUCAUAAACGAGGAGGGGGUGGAGGUGGCCACCCUCAUGACCCUUUCGAUCUUUUCUCAAGAUUCUUCGGGGGUGGAGGCCAUUUCGGUCGUGGAGGUGGCAGCGGAGUACGAAGAGGUCCCGAUCUAGAAGUCCGACUACAUGUUCCACUGCGAGACUUUUACACCGGUGGGGAAACGGAGUUCACAAUUGAAAAGCAACAAAUCUGUGAUGAAUGUGAAGGAUCAGGUUCUGCAGACGGACAAGUGGAGACAUGCAAUAAAUGCAGUGGUCGGGGUAUUGUCAUCCAGAAACACAUGCUCGCGCCGGGGAUAUUCCAACAAGUCCAGAUGGGUUGCGACCAGUGUGGGGGACAAGGAAAGACCAUCAAACACAAAUGCAAAGUAUGUGGCGGAAACAAGGUCGUGAGAGGCCCCACGACCUUGACUGCGGUGAUUGAGAAGGGAAUGCCCAAGGGUCACAGACUUGUCUUCGAAAGUGAAGCGGAUGAACAUCCCGAUCACGUCGCGGGAAAUCUCUAUGCAUAUUUGAUGGAGACAGAGCCAGCCAUCAACGAAAAUGAAGCGGGACGAACUGAUGGAACCUUCUUUCGCCGGAAGGACAACGACCUUUACUGGAAAGAGGUUCUUUCGCUCAGAGAGGCGUGGAUGGGCGAGUGGACUCGCAACAUCACGCAUCUGGACGGGCACGUUGUCCCACUGUCCCGCAAGCGUGGCGAAGUCGUUCAACCCGGUCAAACUGACACGAUCAAGGGUGAAGGGAUGCCCAUUUAUCACGAGGGACACGUUCACGAACAUGACCAUGACGCCCCUGAGUUUGGAAACUUGUAUGUGCAGUAUGUGGUUGUGCUUCCAGAUCAGAUGGAGACGGGGAUGGAAAAGGAAUUCUGGGCUCUGUGGGAGAAGUGGAAGAAGAAGAAGGGUGUGGAUUUGUUGAAGGACAGUGGACGGCCAGAGCCAAGUGUAUUAGUAAAAGAUGAGCUAUAGACCCUUUUGCUUAUUUGGGAUCUAGAUGAGAGGAACACGAUAGAUUCACUCGAUCGAGUUUAUCAUCCAGGCGUUGACUUUUACUAUCUCACAACACAAGAGCGAAGUUCUAAUAUCCUUAGUUCCUGGCUACAAUACCGAGGUAGAGAAACUUUACAA